AGCGUAAAUUGUCCGCGCGGGGAACGCGAAUGCCCAGAUCCGAGAUGUGGGCGACUGUGCCGCGCAUGCUGCUCCUGCUGCUGGCAGCCGCCCUGGCCCCGACCCAGACAUGCACGGGCUCGCACUCCAUGCGGUAUUUCAUCACCAUCGCGUCCCGGCCCGGCCUCGGGGAUCCCAGGUUCAUUGUGGUCGGCUACGUGGACGACACGGAGUUCGUGCGCUUCGACAGCGACGCCGAGGAUCCGAGGAUGGAGCCGCGGGCGCCGUGGAUGCAGCGGGAGGGGCCGGAUUAUUGGGAGAGGGAGACUCGGAUCAUAAAACACACUGAGCAGAUUUACCGAGGGAACCUGAGGGCUGCGCUUGGCUUCUACAACCAGAGCGAGGGCGGCUCUCACACCAUCCAGAAUAUGUAUGGCUGUCAAACGGGGCCAGAUGGGCGCCUCGUCCGCGGGUACAGUCAGUUCGCCUACGAAGGCGAAAAUUACAUCUCCCUGAAUGACGACCUGAGGACGUGGACGGCGGCGGACAUAGCAGCGCAGAUCACCAAGCACAAGUGGGAGCAGGCUGGUUUUGCAGAGCAAUGGAGGAAUUACCUGGAGGGCGCAUGCAUGCAGUGGCUCCGCAGAUACCUGGAGAAUGGGAAGGAGCAGCUGCUGUGCACAGACCCUCCAAAGACACAUGUGACCCAUCACCCCAGACCUGAAGGUAAGGUCACCCUGAGGUGCUGGGCCCUGGGAUUCUACCCUGCUGACAUCACCCUGACCUGGAAGAAAGAUGAGGAGGAACUGACCCAGGACAUGGAGAUGGUGGAGACCAGACCUGCAGGGGAUGGAACCUUCCAGAAGUGGGCAGCUGUGGUGGUGCCUAUUGGAGAGGAGCAGAGAUACACAUGCCAUGUGGAGCAUGAGGGGCUGCCUGAGCCCUUCACCCUGAGAUGGGAGCCUCUUCAGUCCACUGUCCCCAGCAUGGCAGUCGUUCCUAUUCUGGUUCUCCUUGGAGCUAUGACCAUCAUUAGAGCUGUGGUAGCUGUUGUGAGGAAGAGGAGGAGAAACACAGGUGGACAAGGAGGGGACUAUGCUCCAGAUCUAGCUUCAGACAGGUGCCACCUGGGAACACGUUCUCACUCACUCAAGAAACAACAAAUGUCUGAAGCUGUCUACUUCUAUGAAGAGCAUCCAGCCCAGUCCAGUCCACCAGGACCCUACCCCAGCUCUGCUCCUGCUCCUGCUCCCUUCCACAGCCAACCUUCCUGGUACUGCAAAGGCAGGAGGGGACAUCUCCGUCCUGUCAUCUCCCUGCUGCCAUGAGAUGCAGCCCUUGGUUUUCUCACUGAAAAUAAAAAUCUGGAUGUGAACUUAAUACUUCAUGUCCUUGACCUGAGAGAUUGGCAGUUCAAAUAAAAGGUGAGAAUUCUGAAUGUGUGAUGGAGAAAAUAAAUGGCAGCAUGGAGAACCUUCUA